AUGGUGGUUACACAGAACCUGGUCCCUGGCGAGGCUGUCUACGGAGAGAAGCGGAUAUCCAUCGACGGCGGCGUAGAGGGGACAAAGGUCGAGUACCGUGUGUGGAAUCCGUUCCGGAGCAAGCUCGCGGCGGGUGUCCUGAACGGUGUCGAUAACAUUGGUAUCGCACCUGGAAAGAAGGUGCUUUACCUCGGUGCUGCGAGUGGUACUAGUGUGUCCCAUGUUGCGGACAUCGUCGGUCCGGAGGGUACUGUGUAUGCGGUAGAGUUCUCUCUGCGGUCAGGACGUGACCUGAUCAGCAUGGCAAAGAAGCGGACGAAUGUCAUUCCUAUCGUUGAGGACGCGCGUACCCCUCAGAGGUAUCGCAUGCUCCUCUCAACAGUGGACGUUAUCUUCGCCGACGUUGCCCAGCCCGACCAAGCACGCAUCAUCAGCCUCAACGCCGAAUACUUCCUGAAGAACGGAGGCUUCGUCGUCAUCUCCAUAAAAGCCAGUUGUAUCGACUCAACCGUCCCAGCGGAAGCCGUGUUUGCGCGGGAGGUUGAGACGCUCAGGCAGUCAAAGAUCAAGCCUCUCGAGCAGGUCACCUUGGAGCCGUACGAGCGUGACCACGCGAUGGUGACUGGCGUUUACCAGCGUCACUCGUAG